AUGGAGAAUAACCUUUUAGAAUCAAGACUAAAUAAAAUCUUGUCAGAUAAAAAGUUUAGCAAAUUGAAUAAAAGCAUAGAGAAGCAUCUCAAUAAGGAAACAGGCAUUUUUAUUAAGGACUACUUUUUAGUUCUUGAAUAUGAAUCACUUGAUGAAAAGGUAAUUCAGAGUAAAAAGAAGGAGCUUUUAGAAAAUUCAAUGCACGAUCAUAUAGAAAAAGAUGACGAUUCUGUUUAAUACUUUGCACUAUACUUAUGGAUUUUUAAUUUGACUGCAGGCCAAUUCUUAGAAAAUAACGAAAAUAAAUUAGCUACUAGAAUACCUGUAAAUUUACAAAGUUACAACAUGUUCAAUGCACAAGAUUAAUAAAUAUAGUCUGCCAAAAACACAAUCGAAAGCUUUGGUAACGUCUUUUGCAUGUCUAAGAAAAUCGGAGAGUAAUCUCUCUAAAUAAUAAAUAGUAAUAUAGAUGAAUACUAAAUAGCAAUUUAUUCUGAAAAAUAAAUUUUUGUUGGCCAUAUUGAAAACAUUAUAAAUUCCUAUUUUAUUAAGCAAAGCAAAGAUGAUCAAAAUGCCUUUACAAUGUACCGUGUAUAAUUAUUUAUAUAAAAAUACUCUCCAAGCAUUUUAAGCAUUAAAUUCCACAAAUUAUCUCCUCAUCAUUUGGCUGUUCUUUUAGAUGAUUAGUACUUUUGCGUUUAUAAUCUGCAAUCUAGUCUUUCUUACUAGGAGGUGUAAUUUAAUCUUUAAUAACUUCCACGCUUUGGUAGAAACGAAGAGUAUAAUUAUUAAGAAAAAGGAUAAGUUUAGUUUGUUGAUUUCGAAUUUGGAGGCAACAGCUUUUUCACUAGCUAUUCGAAAACCAAUUUCUAAAUUCCUUCUGAUUUCGAUUUUCUGUCAGUAUAUUUUCUUACUGAAGAUGGUUAAAUUUACUACCAAUCUCCAUUUUUAGUAAAAGAUAUGAGAAUUAACAGAUAAUUAAUUGAAGAACUUAAGGAUUAUCUUGUUCAAGAAUUAAAAUUGGUGGAACAGCAUGAAUAAAUAUAAGAAAAAUUAUAGGUGUUAAAAUCUUAUUUAGACUUAGUAGAAUAAAUUGACAGCAGAGAUUUGAUAAGUGAAUGCGAAUAACCUACCAAAUUAUCUAAAAUAGUUACUCAAACAGAUAAGUCCAGUUCAUUUGAAGUUCCUAUUUUUAAUAGCAUCAGCAUGCAAGACUUGCUGAAUGAUGAUUUCUAAAUACAAUUAAGAUAUGUUCCUACAGAAUAAAAUAACGAAGAUGAUUAAGAAAAUUUAGAAAAUAACAGUAACUUACAGUCUCAGUUUAAAUCAAGUGGCUUUGGAACAAAAUCUAACAUCUAAGUUUUUUCAAAAUCGUUAAUGGACAGAUUUACUAGAGAUAAUAAGAAUCAAAUUAUGUAUAGGAAAUAUAGUAAAUUCCACAAAGUGGAAACAAAGGGUUAACUCCAUGUCUUUAUUUUAACAAAGCAAAUCGGUAAUAAAACUUACUCUACUGUAUCUUCACGUUUUAGUCCUCUUCCAGUCAUGCCUACUCAUAUUGUUCAAGACUUUUACUAGUUUUGUCUUUUAUCUGGUGAAAAAGCACAUCUUGAAUGCCCAUUAAGCUCUUUAAUCAACUAUACAGGAAAUUAAUCUAAAAAGAAUAUCUAUGAAUAUAAAUAAAAUUAAUGUGCUAGACUCUGUUCUAAGGCAAUUGAAACAUCAACACUUGACAGUGUUUGCUUCUAACUUAUGAAUAGAAUAUAUUGUAUUAACUUUAAGUGGAUUUAGAAUUUGAUUUUAACAAACUUAUCAGACCCUAAAGUAUUUAAUGAUGAAGAAUUGUCUAGAAGUGAAAUUAGAGUCUUAGUUGAUUCUCAGCAAAUCGAUAGCUAGGAUAAAUUAGAUGCAUGUAAAUUAACAGAUUUAUCUUUUUAUUGCUUAUCUGAAAAAGACAGAAUGCUUCUAGCAGUUAUUCCUUCCCACCACUCACAAUAGUAAUAGCCUUUUAGGUUAAAAUGCUUAACUUUAGACUUCUUGUCAAACUAUAUUUAAAUUUAAAAGAGUGCUAAGCUUAUAUCUGAGACUUUACACAAGAUGAUUAAAGAAUAAGUAGAGCCUGAAAAAGCAAAAGAAAAUAACCAAUCAGGAUAAAAACUAGCUUAAAAUGAUGUGAAGCUUCAGGAAAUUGCUGAUUAAGAUAAUAAAGUAGAUCUUGAUAACUUUUAAAAGUAAGUAACAGCUUACAUAAGCAAGCAUGAAGAAGUUUUAUAAUAGAAUAUUUAGUUAAUACAAAUUAAAUAUCAAGAGGUAUUAAAGAAAAAAGAAGAGUUGAAAAAUACAAAGGAAAAAACAGAAAGCCAAUUUUAUGAAAUCAUAGAAAACAAAUAAAAGAAGUUGUUAGAAAGCAAAAAAAGAAUUGAAGAAAAAAAUAAGUCAAUCAAUUAAAAAAUUUAAGAAAUUGCUUAAAAAUUAAAAGACCCUAAAGCUUCAAAUGAAUUAGACAAUGUUAAAGAAGCAAAUAUCACAUUUAAUGAAAAAUAUAAUGAGUAAAUUAAGACAUACUAUAAUAAACUUAAAGAAAUCGAAGAAUAAUACUAAAAGUACUUCAAAACUAGAAGUGAGUUCUUCAAUUCAUUAGGUGUUCAAAGCAAUACAAACCUACAAAUUGAUGAAAACACUUUAUAAAAAAUUAAUGAAACAAGAAAUAAGCUAAAAUACCACAUGAAAAUCCUUGAUAAUUAGAUCAUUUAAACCAAUCCUCAAGAUAAUUGA